GAAAUUUUUGCUUGAGUGGGCCCCACAAUACCGUGUGUAAACACAGCCAAUAGCCGCGCUUUCGAGAGAGAGAAGAUCUAGAGAGAAUGUUAACGGCAAAGUGACCAAGUCUUAUACUUCCCCUUCUUUUUUGGUUUAUUUUUGUAACUCUUUUAGAAAAUCAUUACUGUAAUUGUUCACUUUCACGUUGAUAGUUACCCAGCAACAAAAGGUUAGCUUUUCAUAAAUUCUUUCGUUUUUUUCUUUUUUCUCAUUCAUUUACAUUCAAAAUUGUGAUGCACAGUUGAGGUUUGAAUUCAGAUACUAUUGGAAUACUUGGAAGUUUCUGAAUUAAAUUAGUCAUUUUCAGAGAAUUAUCAACUGGGUUUGCUUCAAAAGUCUGUUCUUGAUCUGGGGUUUUCUCAAUUUCAUUCAUAGACUCAAAGUUCAUCUUAAUUUUAAGUUUGUGAUCUGGGUUUUGUGUGUAAUUGAUCUGGGUUUUGCUGGUUUUGUGCAAUUUGAUCUGGGUUUUGUCAGAAUUUUACUGGGUAUAUCAUAAUUUCUGUGAUUAUCUUCAAUCUGAGAAUUUUUUUUGGAGGGAAUUGGUAAAUGUUUAUCUUGUUCAGUUGUUAUAGCAAUUGAUACAAGUACCAGCUGUGCAAAUUUGGUGGUUGAGAAAUUUGUGUUGUUAUUGUGUGAAAUUAAGGGUUUUGUUGAGACUUGCGAAGUUGAAAUUGCUGAAUUUUGUUGAUAUAGAAGAUUUAUUGAACAAUUUCUGAGUUACCUCAAAUUUAUCAAAUUUAGGUUUGAAAAUGAUGUUUAUGUAGAUAUGAUUAGCUGUUAGAUGGCGACAGUAUCGCCAUCUCCUGAUUCUGCACCUUCUGGUGUACCACCAGUUUCAUCUAACCCACCACCAUCACCAUUGCCUGUAACACCACCACCACAGCCUUCAACAACACCACCUCCUCUUGCACAACCCACUGCUAAUCCACCGGAUCCUUCGACGCCUUCACCUCCGUCUACGGUGCCAAAUGCUUCACCCCCUAGCAAUCUAGGAACUCCAGUUGUUACAUCACCACCUGUAGAGUCACCUCCCCCACCUACUGCUAGUGCACCACCCCCUGCUACACCUGUAUCCCCUCCUCCAGCUCCCUCCACUGCUUCCCCACCACCGGUCCCCAGUGUUUCACCACCUACACCAACAACUAAUCCCCCAGUAAAUGCACCUCCACCUGCAGUAGUUACACCUCCUUCGCCACCUGCCAACCCGCCUACUGGUUCACCUCCAUCACCCCCAUCAUCUACCCCACCUACAAGUUCUCCCUCACCACCUACAACUUCUCCCCCAACAAGUUCUCCAACCCCACCAGCAGCAAACCCACCAAGUAAUCCUCCCCCUCCACCGCCAACGUCAAACCCCCCUGACGGGUCUCCACCUCCACCAGCAUCGAACCCACCAAAAACUUCACCUCCUCCAGAAGCACCAACUUCUCCUGUAAAUCCAACACCACCAUCAUCACAGCCUCCUCGAAGCCCUCCUUCUCCACCUGCUGCAUCUCCUCCAAAGAGUUCAACUCCACCCUCUGGAGAUGCCCCACCUCCAUCUGAUCCUAACCCAGCUUCUCCACCAUCUACAAAACCAGGUGCACCUCCUGGAUUGCGACUUUCUCCGCCGCCCCCAGGCUUAGUCCCACCGACUUCUAGUUUACCGGGGAAUAGACCAGGUUCUGGUUCAACUGAAACUGCAAAUAAUGCUCCCAGUAAUGGGGGGAUUGGUAUGGGAGGAGCUGUUGCUAUUGGUGUAGUAGUUGGCCUUCUAAUGCUUGGACUCAUUGGUUUGGUUGGUGUGUGGAUCUUUAAGCGAAACAAAAAGUCUUCUGGACCUUAUGAUGGGCAUGUCAUUCCUGCCUCAAUUGGCUCUUCUCCACGAUCAGAUGGAAAACUGUUAGUGACGACAGAGUAUCCAGGUUCAAAUUUUGGAGGCUCUGGUAGUGAAACACCCACUGAUUAUGGUGGAUAUGGCCAUUCAAGGUCCUGGUUUACUUAUCAAGAGUUGUAUGAUGCUACCAGUGGAUUUUCUGAUGAGAAACUUCUAGGUGAAGGUGGGUUUGGUCGUGUAUAUAAAGGACUUCUAUCAGAUGGCAGAGUGAUAGCUGUGAAGCAGCUUAAAGUUGGUGGUGGACAAGGGGAGCGUGAAUUUAAAGCAGAAGUGGAAAUAAUUAGUCGCAUACAUCAUAGGCAUUUGGUUUCUCUUGUUGGGUACUGCAUUUUAGAGAAUAAAAGGCUGCUUGUUUAUGAAUAUGUACCUAACAACACACUCCAUUAUCAUCUUCAUUGUAAAGGAGAUGAAAGGCCAGUUUUGGACUGGGCAACACGCAUUAAAAUUGCCGUGGGCGCUGCUCGCGGUAUUACGUAUCUUCAUGAAGAUUGUCAUCCACGAAUAAUUCAUAGAGAUAUUAAAUCGACAAAUAUUCUAUUAGAUAAUAACUAUGAAUCUCGGGUUGCAGAUUUUGGACUUGCAAAAUUGGCAAUGGAUGCAGAGACACAUGUUAGCACUCGCGUAAUGGGAACAUUUGGAUACAUGGCUCCUGAAUAUGCUACAUCUGGUAAGUUGACUGAGAAAUCAGAUGUGUAUUCUUUCGGGGUCGUCCUUCUAGAGCUUAUCACUGGUCGCAAGCCUGUGGACGAGACGCAACCUUUGGGAGAUGAAAGUCUAGUUGAAUGGGCACGGCCUUUGCUUGUUCAUGCACUUGAGACGGGAGAACUUGACGGUCUGGUAGAUCAACGUCUUGAACAGAACUAUAUUGAGAGUGAGAUGCUUAGAAUGAUUGAGGCUGCUGCAGCUUGUGUGAGGCAUUCAUCUGUAAAGAGACCAAGAAUGGGACUGGUUCUCAGAGCUCUUAGCAUGUCCGACUCUGGAGAUCUGUCAAAUGGGCUGAGGGUGGGUGAAAGUCAGCUCUACGAUUCUGCUCAACAAUCUGCUGAAAUUAGAUGGUUUCGGAGAAUGGCAUUUGGUGGUGGUAGUCAAGAUAGUAGUGAUUUUUUCAGUAAUCCCAGCCAGAAUUUUGGGUACUCAGGCCAGAGCAGGCAGAAUGUUGAUCGUUCAACUCCGCAUGAUCAUAAUCGAAAUUCUCAGAAUGUGGGCUUUCCUAACCAAAGUGGAAAUAAUGUUAACGUUUUGGCUGAUCAUCAUUCAAGCCAACACAAUCAGCAUAAUAGAAAUCUGAGUGGAAAUAAUGUCAACUUUUCAGCCGAGCGUCAUUCAAGCCAAAUCAAUCAGAGCAAUAGGAAUUCCAGUGGAAAUAAUCUCGACUUUUUGGCAGAUCGUUAUUCAAGCCAACACAAUCAGGGUAACAGAAACCCAAGUGGAAAUUAUGGUUACUUUUCAUCCGAGGGUCAUUCAAGCCAACACAAUCAGGGUAAUAGGAAUCCGAAUUUUUAUAGGGAAGACAGCGUGAACCGGAUGACAAGCUUAUAAGGGGUGAAUUCAUCUCAAGGCGGUUGAAAUUCGAUAUGAUUGUUGGAAGGCUAGGCUCCGCUAUGGAACAUGUAGCUAUGCUCUUUGCUGCAUAUUUUGCACAGAAAUUUUGCAUUUUCUCCAUCAUUCUUUAUCAUUGUAAGUAUUACAGGUACAAAGAUUUUGUUUAGCAAAAUUUUUUACACUUUGGAUGAAGGUGCUCUUUUUUUUUCAUCCUACUCCCUAUUUGGUCACAACUCCCUUUAUCUAGAAAUAAUAGUCAUGCACAUAAGAAGUAUGCUAUAUUAGGAUUUUCGGAAUAAGCUCACACUAUCAAUUUUGUGAUUGAUUUUACCCUUAUACCUUCUUACUAAGAUUGCGUUAUAGGGAAGUACGAGAAGGGGUUUUUUGUGUAUAUAAGGUGUUGGGACAAUGUAAGUUAUGUAACUAUUAUUUCAGAACAGAGAGAGUAUGUUGGUGCCGUUUUUGAAGUCUCUUGUUCGGUCUAUAUUUUGGUAAUUGUACCUCUUGCUUAAGGAUGCAAUAAAUUGUCGCGCAAGGUCAAGCCACCUUGAUAAUA